CCAUGUGUGAGAAUGAUUGUGGAACUGCUGGGUGCGGUCAGAAGGAGGGCCAGUGGCAGUGCCAGUGCCCCGAGGGCCUCGUGUUCAACGCUGCUAAGAAGCGCUGCCUCCACCCGACUCCCACUCCUCGUCGGGCUGGUGGGCAAGCGAAGAAAUGGCGACCCUAG